UUGUCCCUUCACUUUUGUUCCUUCUUUAAGUAAACUACGCUUUGAAAUUUACACAUGGGUUUUACAGCAGCUUUCCUCCUCCUCCUCCUUGCAGCUCCGGCAGCUCACGCCGUCCAAUAUAUAGUCGGAGACAGUGUUGGUUGGACCACCACCGGAGAUUACGAGGGUUGGGUUCAAGGGAAGACAUUCACAGUUGGUGACACGCUUUUGUUUAAUUACGGUGGCAGCCAUGCGGUCGAUGUAGUAUCUAAAAGCGACUACGACAAUUGCAAUUCCGGUAAUGCUCUGAGCUCUCACAAUGACGGAAACACAGUCAUCACACUGUCAAAUUCGGGGCCGAUGUACUUCAUAUGCCCCACCAUAGGACAUUGUGCUGGCGGCAUGAAACUUUCGGUCAAUGUGGUAGCAGCCGGUGGCAACUCUCCGCCAACCCCGUCCGGUUCACCUACUACUCCCGGGACAACACCGAGCGGCGGCAGCUCAACACCAUCGCCUCCGUCACCACGGCCUAGCAGAGCCCCUAGCAUCAUGAAUUAUGGUUUCGUGCUAGCAUUUUGGCCCGUGUUGGGAGCCAUUCUUGCAGUUAUGAGCUAGGGGAGAGGCAGUGCUGUUGGGUUCUUGGCUUUUAUUUUCGAUUUAAUCCCGUGUGGUUUUAUUUUAUUUCUCCUUUUAUGAACCAGAGACGUUGAUUUAUGUUCAUCUGAUUUU